UCUUCCCCGUCUUAUCCUCUCCCCACUCCCGCUCUGUUCUUAUGAGGCCAGGAAAAUAGAACUAGGAAGUGCUGACGUUUUGGGUCCCCCCAAAUAUAACCAGAGGCUCUAACGAGGGCAUCGGCCAGUGAUUUGGUGGAGGACCAGACCGGAAAUGGUAGUUUCCAUGGUAACUCCUGAGCGGGUUGCCUGGGAGAUGACCCCUUGCGCUCUCUCUGAAUCUGUGCUGUAGCGUCACUUCUAAGGCAGAUCUAACUGAUCUUCUUGGACUGUCUCCUGCCAUGAUUCCCGGGAAAUACCGCUCUGUUUCUGGCCGGGCUGCGAGCAACGUGAUGGGCUGUAUUAUUGGGACCAGCACCUCUGAGUCUACGCAAGCUAUUGUCUGACCGAGGCUUGAGAUUCCUGGACUGGAACAAGGCACUUGGAGGGUGAACUGUGGGCUUCAUCUGGUAAUUCAAACAUCAUCGCUUCCUGAAAAAAACAAAGUUGAAUUCAAGCUAAAUAAAGAAACGCCAUCAUUCCCUGGUCGACUCUUACAACAUGAUCUUGAAAGAAACUACUCAAGUAGGCAAGGUGAUCAUAUUAAUUUGGUGAGCUCAUCAAUGCCAUCAUUUCCCAUUCUCCAACGUUCUUCUGAAGAGAAAAUUCUUUACUCAGACAGGUUGACCCUAGAAAGGCAAAAGCUGACUGUAUGUCCUAUCAUCGAUGGGGAAGAACACCUUCGUUUGUUGAACUUUCAACACAAUUUUAUAACUCGGAUCCAAAAUAUUUCUAAUCUGCAGAGGCUAAUAUUCUUGGAUUUAUAUGAUAACCAGAUUGAGGAAAUUAGUGGGCUUUCUACUCUGAGAUCCCUCCGUGUCCUUCUGUUGGGGAAAAACAGAAUCAAGAAAAUCUCAAAUCUGGAGAAUCUAAAAAGCUUAGAUGUCUUGGACCUUCAUGGAAAUCAGAUUACCAAAAUUGAAAAUGUCAAUCAUUUGUGUGAUUUGAGAGUUUUAAAUCUUGCCAGGAACCUUUUAAGUCAUGUUGAUAAUCUUAAUGGGCUGGAUUCACUAACUGAGCUUAACCUGCGACACAAUCAAAUCACUUUUGUGAGAGAUGUGGAUAAUUUGCCCUGCCUCCAACGUCUGUUUCUCAGCUUCAACAAUAUAUCUACUUUUGAGAGUGUUUGCUGCCUUGCUGAUUCUACUUCUCUCUCAGACAUCACUUUUGAUGGCAAUCCAAUAGCUCAAGAGUCAUGGUACAAGCACACUAUCCUUCAGAAUAUGAUGCAGCUGCGCCAGCUAGAUAUGAAGAGAAUCACGGAAGAAGAAAGGCGUAUGGCAUCUGUUGUAGCCAAAAAAGAGGAAGAGAAGAAGCGAGAAAGUCAUAAGCAAUCUUUGCUUAAGGAGAAGAAAAGGUUAACAAUUAACAACGUGGCUCGAAAGUGGGACUUGCAACAACAUCGAAUUACCAAUAUUGCUACAAACCAAGAUAGAAAAGAUUCUGACUCUCAGGACCACUGUCAGAACGAUGGAAGCACCAUCUCUGCAUUUCCAGAGGAAACAAGGUCUCUGGACUCAGGACUCACCAGUGCUUUACAAGGUCUAUCUGUCACAGACACACACCUUGUCGAAGUGGAGGGAGACACACUUUCCUUGUAUGGCUCAGGAGCGCUGGAAUGUCUGGAUCGGAACUGGAGCGUGCAAACAGCAGGAAUGGUGACAACAGUGUCCUUCACUUUCAUAGAAUUUGAUGAAAUCGUCCAAGUGCUUCCCAAAUUGAAGAUUAAGUUUCCUAAUUCUUUGCACCUUAAAUUCAAGGAAACAAAUCUUGUAAUGCUGCAGCAAUUUAAUGCACUAGCACAACUCCGUCGAGUUGACCAGCUGACAAUUGAUCCUCAAGGAAAUCCAGUUGUCAAUUUUACGCUCUGGAAAUAUUAUGUUCUGUUUAGACUGAGCCAUUUUAAUAUGCAGAAAAUAAAUGGAACAGAGGUGACGCAAAAUGAUAUGAUAAUGGCUGAAAGGCUCUUUGGAAUCCUAGCACAUGUAGCAUCUUCUGAAUUACCCCAGUACCAUCUGAUUUCAAUUCUGGGUGAUGCCAGGAAGAAGCAAUUCCGGUAUCUUCUAGAAACGAAAGGGAAAAAACCUGGUAUUGUCAAUGAAGAAAAUAAUGAUAGCAAGAGACUUGUGGGAGAAAACACAAAUCGUGCUACACUAAAUUAUACCACAAGAGACUUUUAUAAUGAAAAGCUGGAGGAAAUAAAGGAAAAAAAGAAAUUCUGCAAGAUGUAUAUCGAGGAUCUUGUGAAGGAAGCCACAGAAAUCAACAUGAAAAAUGAGGCUUUGCAGAAGCUUUGGCCACAGAUGUUCAUUGAGCUUGUUAGGGAUGCAGUCAUGGAGAUCCGCAAUAAAAAUUCCUAUAUGAAGCUUUGCCUACAGCAGAUAACUGACCAAAAAUAGAAAUGGCUUUUAGUUACAGUUGAUUUUUGCAGUUCUAUGUUUUUGAAGGUUGAAAAUAUGCAGGUUAAACAUGUUAAAACAACAACAACACUAUCCUACAAACUAGAAAGACUAGCGUCAAAGCAUUAUUGCCUACUGUUCUUGUAGUUAAAGGUUAGGAAGGAAAGAAGGAAAGAGAGGGAAAGGGAGGAGUCAUUUCCUAUGUAUGUUGACCAAGCAAUCUUUGGGAACUUAGCAGUCUUUAGAGAUAGCCUGGGCCUUGAAUGGGCCCCGCAUCUUGAGUUCUUGCUUUGACUGGUGCCCCUGCUAUAGCCCAAAGCACGUAGUGUUUGCUCAUGGUUCAGCAUGAGUUGCUUCUAUCUACUUUCAGCUGAUAAUUUUUAGUUACUUGCCUCUUUAUUUUAUGUCAUUAUUUCAAAGCCAAAAAUAUGUUCUUUUUUAUGAGUGAAGAAUAAACUUAUUAA